ACACAUCUGAAGCACAUCCAGGACACUGGAGGUCUGGCAGAUGUGGAUUUAACUACACGGCAUGCAACUUCUGAGCGUAAGCAGCCGCCGUCUAGGGCUACAGAUCUGAUAUGACCUGUCUUAAGAUCUAGACCCGCCUGAGCCACGUUACAGAGAGGGACUUUGAGUCUUGGUCCAUCAAAGGUGAACAGCCGAGGAUCCCAGAGUUGCAGGUUAUGAAGGUUAGCCGAGUGCUACAGUUGUCCAUUUUGCUUGUGGGCCUCUGUCUGGCCCGCCACACUCCAUCGCCUGCCACACACUCCUCCACACAGGAGGCAGGUCAGGUUCCCAUGUCCCACGUGAAGAUGCUCUCGCUGGGCCUGGGUCACCUGCUCCAGGGGGUGGAGGAGAACUCUGGGCGUGUGGGGAGGCAGGUAGAGCAAGUGACAACAGAGCUGGACGGGGCUGCCAAGACUCUGGAAAAUCUUCAUAAGCAGGGUGUACAAGCAGGCAGGACUCACAGGCAGGUGAGGAAGGACCUACAGAUGCUGAGUGCCAAGGGGGACAGGCUGGAGAGGGUGGUCCAGGACCUGCAGAGGGGGCUUAGGGAUCUGGUGGCAGAGCAGGGAGCCAUGGAGCUCAGGAUGAGCCAAAUCCUCCAGAGAGUGAUGAGUGUGUCAGAGCCGGCGUCAGGGAGUCAAACACAGCUUAACAUGAGCCUUAUGAAGGUUAUUGUGGAUAAGCAGGCGAGACGGCUCGCCAGCUUGGCCUCAGAGGUUACAGCCCGAGAGAGAAUGAUUGACAGACGUCUGCAGCACAUUGAACACCUGGAAAAACAGGUGUCCAGUAUCAGAGGGGGGAAAGCGUCCCAGCAGGGUUGAGGGCAGAUUCUGACUCUGGCUGUGUCCGUUGUCUGUCAAGAGUGCAGCUGCAUCAACACGCGGAUGCAAAACAGAUCUACUUCAUCUACACUUGAAAUGAAUUUAUGAUGGCCAUGACAAGCGUAAUGUUGCUCUCACACUCAUUUAAGUAUGUGUCACAUUCAACAAAUGUGUGUCUAGAUAGUGCAAAGCAUAUCUGUCAAUUACGAAAUAUUCUGUAUUACGGUAAUUAGUGCUUUUAACAUGUGCCCAAGUUAAAAAAAAAAAAAAAAAAUGUCAUGAGUGUGUGUGUUAACAAGACAUAUUUGCAAAGCUGGUGAGAGUCACCC